AGUGGAGAGACAGAGAGUGAGAGAGAGUGAGAGAGAGAAGGCUGUGCACGAUUCACGGUCUUCUCUAGGAUACAGCUCGCUUCUCUCCUCGUCUCAGUGCUCCUCUCUCUUCCCACUCAAGUGUAUCUGAUCCGUCUCUCCCGCAGCACAACUCCUCUGUUUCUCAAGAACUCUAAGGAUGACUCCUCCAGAAACCUCCAGCCACAGAUGCCUGUUCUCCAGCUCAUGGCUGCCCAGGACGACUCAACACUCUUGGGCUUCCCUCGUGCGGACUUGCCCUCUUUAAAGUGGAUCCAAAGCAGAACAGCAGCUCAAGCCGGUCUCCUUUAGGAAAGGGCACGUUCAUUCAGACCUCGUCUUUCAGCAUACAAUCACACAAAGAACAAGACCUUCAGAGCCGAAGCUUUCAGAUUGCUAGAGGAAGGGCAGACAAUCAUAUGUAAAGAUGGAGCAGGAGAUUUCAAAAGUGCAGCGUAAGAUGUCAGACCUGGAGUCCGUUCUGCAGCAGAAGGACGUGGAGCUCAAGGCUUCAGAAACCCAAAGAACCAUCUUAGAACAAGACUUGGCCACCUAUAUCACCGAAUGCAGCAGUUUGAAGCGCAGUUUGGAGCAGGCCCGCAUGGAGGUGUCGCAGGAGGAUGAUAAAGCUCUGCAGCUCCUGCACGACAUACGGGAGCAGAGCAACAAACUGCAGGAAAUUAAAGAACAGGAGUACCAUGCUCAGCUGGAGGAAAUGCGCGUGUCUAUUCGUCAGCUGGAGGAGAACCUGUCCGCUGCUCGCCGCCGCAGCGACCUGUACGAAUCCGAGCUGAAAGAGUCCCGCCAGACCAGCGAGGAGCUCAAGAGGAAGGCUGUGGAAUACCAGCAGAAGAUUCAGAAGGCCAAAGAACAAGGCAAAGCCGAGAUGGAAGAACUUCUGACCAAAUUGCAGAAGACCAAUGCAGAGCAACAAGUGAAGAUUGAAGAACUCCAGGAGAAGCUUGCCAAGGCCGUGAAGGCGAGUACAGAAGCCACUGAACUCCUGCAGAACGUCCGCCAGGCUAAAGAACGUCUGGAGAGAGACCUGGAUCGUCUGCAGACCAAAGAGGACUCCACCGACAGCCUGCGCAGACGCCUGCGAGAGACUGAGGAUGACAAGAAAACCCUGGAGAACCAGGUGAAGAGGCUGGAGAUGGUGGAACGGAGAGAAGCUAAACUCAAAGAAGACAUUCAGACCAAGUCGCAGCAGAUCCAACAGAUGGCUGAUAAAAUCAUGGAACUCGAAGAGAACUUGCGUGAAACACAAGCAUCAGCGCAGCGUAUGGAAACCCACCUGGAACAGAAGAAAAAGCUUUAUGAAGACAAGAUCAAGGUUUUAGAGACUCAAAUGAAGGCUGAUUUGGCUGAAAAGGAGUUGCUAGAGUCCAAGCAGAACACGUAUGAGGAGGAAUCUCGCGAGCGGGGAAAAGUGAUCAGCGACCAGACAGCGACAAUCAAUGCCAUGGAGUCAAAGAUGACCAAUCUGGAGCAGAGGAUCUCUGAGCUUUCCGAGGCCAACAAACUGGCAGCCAACAGCAGCAUUUACACCCAGAAAAACAUGAAAGCCCAAGAGGAAAUGAUCUCUGAACUCAGGCAGCAGAAGUUUUAUCUGGAAUCUCAGGCAGGAAAGCUGGAGGCCCAGAAUGCAAAGCUGGAGGAACACCUGGAGAAACUGACACAACAAGAGCAGACUAACAAGAGCAGAGUGCUGGAACUGGAGGCCAGACUGCGAGAGAUGGGUCUGGAGCACGAGGAGCAGAAGCUGGAGAUCAAGAGGCAGGUGUCGGAGCUCACGCUGUCCCUGCAGGAGAGGGAAGCUCAGAUCAGCAGCCUGCAGGCGGCCCGGCACGCGCUGGAGAAUCAGCUACAGCAGGCCAAGACCGAGCUGGAGGAGACGACCGCGGAGGCUGAGGAGGAGAUCACCGUCCUCCGGGCCCAUCGGGAUGAAAUCCAGCGCAAGUUUGAUGCCCUGCGAGACAGCUGUGCGGUGAUCACGGAUCUGGAGGAGCAGCUGACGCAGCUGACGCAGGAGAACGCCGAGCUGAACCGACAGAACUUCUACCUGUCCAAACAGCUGGACGAGGCCACGGACGAGAACGAGGAGAGACUGCAGCUCAAGCAGGAUGUGGAGCGCCUGCGCCGGGAGGUGGCCGACCGAGAGAUGCACCUCAACAACCAGAAGCAGAACAUCGAGACGCUGAAGACCACAUGUACGAUGCUGGAGGAGCAGGUGCUGGAGCUGGAGACACUAAACGAUGAGCUGUUGGAGAAGGAGAGACAGUGGGAGAACUGGAGAUCUGCCCUGGAAGAAGAGAAGAACCAGGCAGAGCGCCGAGCCAGAGACAUACAGAGACAACUGGACAAUGAGAAGCAGAACAGACUCCGUGCAGAGCAGCGCAAUUCUGAGUCUCGUCAGACUGUUGAACUGGCGGUCAAAGAGCACAAAGCUGAAAUCCUGGUAUUGCAACAGGCCCUGAAAGACCAGAAACUCAAAGCUGAAGGUCUUUCUGAUACUCUGAGCGAUCUGGAGAAGAAACACGCCAUGCUGGAGAUGAACGCACGCAGCCUGCAGCAGAAGCUGGAGACGGAGAGAGAGCUCAAACAGAGGCUCAUGGACGAGCAAGCAAAACUGCAGCAGCAGCUGGACAUGCAGAAGAGCCACAUCUUCAGACUGACUCAAGGACUUCAGGACGCGCUGGACCAGACGGACCUUCUGAAGACCGAGCGGACAGACCUGGAGUACCAGCUGGAAAACAUACAGGCGGCGUACUCUCACGAGAAGGUCAAGAUGGAGGGGACCAUCACCCAGCAGACCAAGCUCAUAGACUUCCUGCAGGCCAAGGUAGAGCACCCCUCUAAGAAGAAAAAGGGGCUGUUUGGCGGACGGCGUCGAGAGGAUCUGCUGGCGGCGCUGGCGGCGCAGGGACAGACGCAGGUGCCCCCUGUGCCCACCGUGGCCCCUGUCCCCCUGCAGUACAGCGACCUGAAGACCGCGCUGGAGAAGGAACGCGCUCGCUGCUCGGAGCUGGAGGAAGCCCUGCAGAAAACACGCCUGGAGCUCAGAGAGGUUCAGUUUAAUAAAGCCCUGGAGCACAGCGGUACUCCAGCCACCCCGGGUUUGGCUCGUCAGCAGCUCAUGAUGUCCACCAAAUCCAACAAAUCCCCCGAGCACCAGCCCAGCAGCGGCCUGAUGUCGUCCAGCUCCGGCCGCAGGAAGGACGCUGCCAAUCCUGAAGAAAUAAGGAGAGUCACCUCUGAAAAGUACACCAGACGUGUGAAGGACAGGAUGCAUCACAACACUCCUCACCGCUUCACGCAGGGGCUCAACAUGAGGGCGGCUCGUUGCACCGUCUGUCUGGACACUGUCCAUUUUGGACGGCAAGCCGCAACAUGCAUCGAAUGUCACGCUUUGUGCCACCCAAAAUGCUCCCCGUACCUUCCAGCCACCUGUGGUGUGCCCACCGAGUACGCGCUGCACCUGUCCGAGGCUCUGUGUCGGGAAAAGGGAAGCACCUCUGGUCUGAAAGAUGUUGGUGGACACAUGAGGCUGGAAGGAUGGCUGAAGCAGCCCAGAAAUGGGAAGCGUGGUCAGGGCUGGGAAAGGAAGUACGUGGUGCUGGAUGGAUAUAAAGUGAUCACCUACGAGACAGAACCAAGAGAUGAGUCAGUGAAGCCUCUGGAUGAGUUUGAGUUGUGUCUCUCUGAUGGAGACGUGACUGUUCAUUCUGCUGUUGGAGCCUCUGAGCUGCCCAACACAGCCAAGACAGAUGUGCCAUAUGUGCUGAAGUUGGAGUCGUCUCCACAGUCAACAUGCUGGCCCGGUCAGACUCUGUACCUCAUGACCUCAGGGUUUUCUGAGAAGCAGCGCUGGGUGGCUGUGCUGGAAGCCAUUGUGGCCAGCAGUCGUGGGGCGAGAGAGAAAGCCGAAGCAGACGCUAAAUUGUUGGGUAACUCCUUACUCAAGCUAGAAGGAGAUGAUCGCCUGGAUAUCAACUGCACCCUCCCGCUGACUGACCAGAUUGUGUUGGUGGGCUCUGAGGAAGGGCUCUAUGCCCUGAAUGUGAUUAAGAACUCCCUCACUCACAUCCCGGGUAUGGGAUCCGUGUUUCAGAUCCACAUCAUCAAGGAGCACGACAAGCUGCUGAUGAUCGUGGGGGAUGAGCGGGCACUCUGUCUGGUGGAGAUUAAGAAAGUGAAACAGUCUCUGUCCCAGUCUCACCUCCCCACGCUACCUGAGAUUGUGCCGUAUAUCUUUGAGACAGUCAAGGGCUGUCAUCUGUUCGCCGCGGGCAGGAUAGAAAAUGGUCCAUGCAUUUGUGCUGCAAUGCCCAACAAAGUCACAAUUCUACGAUACAAUGACAAUCUGAACAAAUUCUGUAUACGGAAGGAGAUUGAAACGCUCGAGCCGUGCAGCUGUGUCCACUUCACCAGCUACAGCAUCAUCAUUGGUACCAAUAAAUUCUACGAGAUUGAGAUGAAGCAGUGUGUUCUGGACGAGUUCCUGGACAAGAAUGACGUGUCUCUGGCAUCGGCUGUGUUCACUGGAUCCUCCCACUGUUUCCCAAUCUCCAUCGUCCAGGUGUCCAGCACUCCACAGAAGGAAGAAUAUCUGCUCUGCUUCCACGAGAUCGGUGUGUUUGUGGACGCUUACGGUCGAAGAAGUCGCCCUGAUGAUCUCAAGUGGAGUCGACUUCCCCUGACAUUUGCAUUCAGAGAGCCGUAUCUGUUUGUGACCUACUACAACUCGCUGGAUGUUAUUGAGAUUCAGGGACAUGCAGCUCUUGGGCCUUCCAGUCUUGUUCACCUGGACAUUCCUAACCCACGUUAUCUGGGUCCGGCCAUAUCGUCUGGUGCCAUCUAUCUGGCCUCGUCCUAUCAGAACAAACUGCGGGUCAUCUGCUGUAAGGGCAGCCUGGUGCGGGAGUCUGGGGAACUGCAGAGGACCGGUUCUAGCAGGAGCAGCCCAAACAAGCGCGGGCCGCCCACCUACAACGAGCACAUUUCCAAGCGCCUGGCCUCGGGUCCCGGGACCCAGGAGGGGCCGCUGCACCGCGAGCCCAGCACCCCUCACCGCUACCGCGAGGGCCGCACGGAGUUCCGGAGGGACAAAUCUCCGGCCCGGCCUCUGGAGCGCGAGAAAUCGCCCGGUCGGGCUGUGCUAGACAGCCGCAGGGAGAGAUCGCCCGGGCGCUUCGAGAGCAGCGGCAGCGAGAGAGACCGGGAGCGUUCGCGCCUUCACACUAGCUCUGUUCGCACCCAGCUGACUCCCGUCAACAAGGUACGCAUGAGACACUGCCACGUAAACUGUGUAUCCUUCUAGGGAUACAGACAUCAGGUUUGACGAUGUUCAUGCAUGCUCAAAUGCAUGAACAUCCGCUGCUUUGUAGUUAAAUUCCUUCUAGUUAUGGCCUCAAACAGGAUGCUCAGUUAAUGUCCAGCCUUUAAAGAAAAUUUAAAAAAGUCUCUGGGAAAAGACGUUAGAAUCGGCAUCCUUUGCAGCAGUAAUGAUGUUUCUGAGCUGAUCUGCGUCAGACAGGGCAGGCAGCCUGUUGAAGUGUUGAAGUGACCUCUUUAUCCUGGUGGUGGUGUAGGUUUGGGACCAGUCUUCAGUCUGAGAGUGUCCCGGAGGGAUGACGUAAGAGCCAUCGUCCACCUCCCGCGUGGAUGGACUUGCCCUUUUAACAGGCGCUUCGUAAAACUCUGAACUAUAUCAUCUCAUGCCUGUAACCGUGAACAGAGCCAUGUUAUUCCCUCGCAGCCCCAGAGUCUGGGACAUUGUGCUGAUGUUGUAAACUCUGUCCAUGCUGUAACCAUUCAUGAAGGUCUAAUGUAAAGAAAAACAACUGCGAUGUUUUGGGGAAAGACUUUGAAGGAAUAUCCCGGGUUCAGUACGGUAAGCUCUGUCAACAGCGUUUUGUGGCAUAACGGCCAUUACUGAUGUUGAUUCUGCCAUUGUUUAUUUAUUUUAUGUCAAAACUGUGGUAACAGUAAGACAUUUACAAUGGAAGUAAACAGGAACAGGUACUGGUAAAUUUUGCGAUUUUAGGCAAUUUUAACGUCACCUUUCUUUCAUCCAAUUUUUAUUUAUUUAUUUUUAUACACUUUAUCUGUUAGCAUCAGUAGAUUUAAAUUAUAAUACACUAGCCAUUUUCUCAAAAUGAGUUUUUCCCCCACUGCAGCAGCACUUAGAGCAAAUUUUACAGUUUCAUUCAUAUAACAUUUUAUUUCUUAACACUGAUAUUUUUUUCUUUUUCAUUUUCUGAUUUAUGGAGUGGUUUAAAAGGAAAAAUUUAAAAUCCUGUCUGUAAAAACAUUAAUCAGUGUCAACAAAUUGAAACAAUAAUUUUGAACCUGGCAUUAUCCAACGCUCAGAUUUCUGUUCUGGAAAUGUAUGUUUUGAACAUAAUGUUUACCAAACAUUCUUCAAAAAAAAAAAAAAGAUCUUCAACAGAAGAAAGAAACCCAUACAGGUUUGGAGCAGCUUGAGGGUGAGUAAACGAUGACGGACUUUUCAUUUUGGGGUGUGAACUAUCACUUUAAAGAAAAAGUUAAUUGCAUAACGCUAAAACACACAAGUUCUUAUUUAAAAAUAGAUAUAUUUGAACUAUAGAGUGUCUUAAUCACCCAUUUAGUGGUAGGACUACUUUAGGUUGUGUUGUUUUCUUCAUGUAAACAGGCUCAUCGUAGUAUCCCUGUAUGAAAACCUUGACCAGCACUGAUGAGGUUAGUAAGCAAUUUUAUCUCGCAUUAAAAAUGUACUUCCAUUGUGUUUUACUGGAACCACCAUUUUUGGUUUAGCUGAAAUCAUCAGAUCUGCACCACAAAUGCUGUACAUUUAUACUAAACCCAGAAUAUUCCUUCAACUCAAUCACGUGAUUAGCACAUUGUAAAUACGGUGAUUUCAAUUUUUAUAGCUAAACGGAACUUGACUGAUGAAGCUACGAAGUCUAUUUUUUAUGCUAUUAAAUGGUUUGUAUAGACAGUUGAAUUGGGUUCCCUACAGAAGAGUACAGAAAAGGUUUUAUUUCCAUGUAUGUUGUAUGCUAAUGUGGUAAACAGUCAAUAUGGCUGCUCUUAAUGACAGUUUGUCCAGUUUUUUAUGCUCUAUUUGACUGACAUUAUCAAACCUACCGCACAUUGUAUAUUUUUAUGCUAAUAGAGUCUGAGCUUGUAAAUCUUUUUAAAGAGACACGUCAUGUUCUCGCUACAAGUGUCCUUGUGAUGUUCAAGUGAACUUAUCGUAUUUUUGUCGGAAAUAACGAAGCUUUCGUCGACACACUCGCACACAGCAGCGGUUCCGCGAGGCUCUUCUGGACAUUUCUGCUGCUUAUCCGUUAACGGACGUCCUGUUCAGCUGUGACGUGAAACAAUGUCCGGUAGCCCUCAGGGUUUGUAGAAGAUCUUCUGUCGUUCCUCGGAAUACGAAAACAGCUCAGAGGCUUUUUGAGUUCAUGGGUUAAUUGUAAGCAAACGCCUGAGUGAUCAUAUCAAACGCAUGAGUAAAUUCUGACUUGGUUUUGGGACGUCCCGUCAUGUACUACUACCUUAAUAUUGAUAAUCGAUGUUUUUCAACUAACAAGGCUGCUUACCUUGAACUUUCUUUUUGUAUAAAGAAAUGAAGCUAUAUUAAACACUAUUAAAGUACGAGCCAUACUCAGUU